UCAACACUUCUUCUCUACUCUCUGUCUCUCUCUUUUCCUUCCUUCCUUCCUUCCUCUCUUUGUGACACACAAAUUGAAGUCUCACUUUUAAUUCAUACACGCAUGCCAUUUCUUUGCCAUCCAAAGAGAUGGGUAGAGAAAGCAUUGAAGAAGGAGAGCUAUCAACUCCUCUAGUUGCCAAAGAUGAACACCGUCAAGUAUAUGGCAGUGGUACUAGUAGUGGUGACCAUGUUUGUGCCAACACUUCUGGUUGUGAUGAUGGUGGUGAGAGUCAGAGUGGAUCUUCCUCAGCCAAAGGUGAGAUACUCAUCACUUGCUCAGACUGGAAUCAUGGAUGACCUGGGUCUUGCAGUGGCAGAGUACUCACUUUUUGGUUCAACAUUGACAAUUGGAGCAAUGAUCGGUGCAAUAGUGAGUGGCAAAAUAGCAGAUUGCAUAGGUAGAAGAGGUACAAUGGACUUUUCAGAUAUAUUCUGCCUGGCAGGGUGGCUUGCCAUAGCGUUCUCAAAGGAGUACACAAAAACCCUUCAACGGCUUUCUAAAGCUAGUAUUCUUGAUUUAUUCCAAUGGAAAUAUGCUCAUUCACUCAUUGUUGGAAUUAGCCUGAUGGUACUACAACAAUUCGGGUUUUCGAGUAGUAUUGGGACCAUAGCAAUGGUCAUUGUUCAGGUGUACACAGGAUCUUUCUCAUUUGGCAUGGGAGGAAUUCCUUGGGUUAUAAUGUCAGAGAAGAUGGAGCUUCAACAUUGGCGGCAUUGGCGGCAUCCGUUGGUCUUUAAUGAAGAUGAGAGAAGUGGAGAUGAUUGUUAUGGGUGUAUGGAACCAGUAUUUGGUCCUAGCUACAGCUGUAACAAAUGCAGAGGGUACAUUCAUCAUAAAUCAUGUGCUGAACUACCUAUUGGGUUGCACCAUCCCUCACACCCAAAUCAUCCUCUUAUUCUCUUCGACAAAUGUACAUACAGUGAUGAAGAAUAUGAGAAAUUUAGCAAAUGCGACGUCUGCGGAGAAAAGAGUAAUGAAUACAGUUAUUGUUGUUACCGUUGCAACUUCAACAUUCACAUCAAUUGUUCUUCUUUAUCACUCACCAUCCAAACUGAAGUCCAUGACCAUCAAUUGACCCGCAUUUGGAAGCGGUUGAAGUUCACUUGCGACUUCUGUGGCAAAAAAGGCAAUCUGCCCUACCUUUGUGCCCCGUGCGAUUUCGGUAUACAUUCACGUUGUGCUGCUUGCCCACGCAGACUGAAAGUUUUUCGUCACAACCACCCUCUCCACCUCACCCCUUCUCUUGAAGUCCAUCAAUCCGACUCUCCAAUUUGUCGACUCUGUGUUCGAAAAGUGGAUACACACUGGCUUUACUAUUGCUCAAGAUGCGAUUUUGUUGCCCACCUCUAUUGUGCUAUGCUGCACUGGAAUUGGGAGCACAUAAAUUUGCAGGAACUUAAAGAGGAGCAGUCCACUGAGUCAAAAUCGGAAGAUCCAGAGCUCCAUCAAUCCUUUGACUCAGAAAUUUGCGAAGUCAUAAAAACCACUGUGGGGGAGGACGAAACUGAAAUAGCCACAGAAAUCAAACACUUCAGUCACAAGCAUGAUUUGAAGCUUACUGAUGAGAUUCCGAAUAACAUAAAAUGCAACGGUAUAUUUAAAUGGGCACAAAAAGGCCAUUCCAAGAGGGAUGUUUUGGAGGCGUUCUCUUAAUAUCACUGAUAUUCUCCACCUUGAAGCUUAAAACUUGCUCGCUGUUCUUGUUCACCUACUAGAUCAUCAUGGGAGAAAACCUCCUGGGGGGUUAGGGGAGGACGAUUGACUUAAUGCCUUGUAUUUUGCACCAUCUAUCUGUAUUACGGCAAAAUAUGCAGCAAAUGAAUCAAGGCCACUGAAAACUGAUGAUUAUUUCUUACUGUAAUAAUUUGAAGCUAAAUUGAAAUGAAAAUUCCAACACCAUGGAAGGGAUCUCAAGUAAGAGAAGGAAAAUAGGACAGCCUGAUUCAAAAUUUCCUCUACUCAAGUUCAAAGACUUAGGCAAGCCUACGAAAGAGAAAAUGGAGGUAAAAAAGUCUAAACGUUGACAUGAAUGCCUCGAGGUGGUUGAAUUAAUUGGCUUUGUUGGGUGUGGAGUUGAUCUGCAGAUUGCGGCUUACAUACUAAGUCAUAACGUGUCACUUGAAAAGAUAAUUAUCAAUCCCCGCCAUCCAUAUAGAUGGACACCUAAGAAUUCUGACAAGCGAGUCUAGAAGUCAUGCCAGGCAGCACCUUGAAACAAGUUUACCUCUCGGAACACAAUUAGUGGUACUAUAAAGUUAUUAUCUUCUGAUGAUAAGGUGGGGGUGGAGCUUUUAAAAUAUGCUUGGGUUUUUGACAUCUUCAAACAGUGAGGAGAGAAUGAGAUAACCUCAUAUUGAUUUUGAAUUUGAGAUGGAUCCUGAUAUGUAUCAUGUGUAUUAUGAAGUUAAAAGGUUCAAUAGUUAUUUACAUUUUUUGGUUUUUA